GAAUAUUUUAGUGCUGUGGAAGUGUGACUGAAGGAAUUUUGCUCUUCAAGCUGCAGACAAUUUAAUAUUUGUCCGUCUGAAAACGGGAACAAGUAAACAUAGUUCCGCGAACAAAGACGCAAAAUUAGCGGCAACAGACAGUGCCUUCUAAAUCAAUACAAGAAACAACAUGAUAAUAGAAAACAUAUUGCCUGACAGACAAUGGAACAAUUUAAUACGGCUAAGUUAUAGAGAGAAGGCUGACUGUCUUGCGGAUAUUAUAGCAAAGAAUGGACGGUGAUAUAUCUUUUUCUCUGAAGGAAAUUAAGUAGGUAUCUAAAUUAGAGAACAUAUGAACAAAAUAUGAAAUGUUAGAACACGGUUGAGGGGGUAGUUUGUAUCCCGCCUUGUGCUCAGACCCUCCCCUUUGGCACUGGGGAUUGGCCAUAGAAGGAAACUUCACCUCGGAUCCUCUGUAUCUGUAGCUCUGUUCUCUCGAGCUUCACACGAGCAGGCAGCGUGAGCACAGGAAUGAUAUACGCCUAAACCAGUCUGUCCUAGGCGAAAAUGGCUUAACUGUUACACUUACUGGGCGGUAAUAAGUUUAUUAUUAUUAUUAUUAUUUUACAAAUAGCCGUAACUUUCCGUAAAAAGAAAAAAAAAUCAGCGUCGAGACUUGUCCGCGCUGCGUUUCGUUAUCAGCGCCAGCAGUGAAGCGACUCAGGCAGUGAGGAGAGCUGGAAGAACCAGUGGCAGUGUUAGUACAUAAAUACACAGCAGCUUUUCUUCUCCGCAACAGCAGAGGAGAAAAGGUGCUCCCACACACAGGCCACUGAUGAAGGGCAUGGAGAUGCUCCGUCGCUCCUCAGUGUUUGCAGCAGAAGUCAUGGAAGUGUUUGAUCGCUCCCCUACAGAUAAAGAACUCGUCUCCCAGUCGAAAAUGUUGUGCAGGGAUUACAUUCACUCAAGGCUCAACCGGGCUGGAAUUGGUUGGACGAAAUCUGAUCUUGGCUCUACAGGAGGAACCCUCGGAGAAGUGUCCACUGUUCUUCUUUGGUUAGAAUGCAUAGAUAUGGGAGCAGUGUUGUGCAGUUGUUUUCCUUCAUCUUGUGAUGAGCUCGAAUACUUGCGACCCAAUGUGUACCGCAAUGUGGCAAAACAACUGAAUAUCACUGUGGCUUCAGAAGGUAUUGUUUCUGAUGCCUUUCUGGCUGUAGCUGCAGAAAUCUUCUCCACAGGGGUGACGUGGGGUAAGGUGGUCUCUCUGUAUGCAGUAGCCGGAGCAUUGGCAGUGGACUGUGUUCGGCAUGGCUACCCAGCCAUGGUCCACACCAUUGUAGACUGCAUGGGCGAGUUCGUUCGCAAGAGCCUGGUGUCCUGGUUAAAGAGGAGAGGAGGUUGGACUGACAUUACAAAGUGCGUAGUCAACACAGACCCGAGCUUCCGUUCUCACUGGCUGGUGGCGGCAGCCUGCACGUGUGCACACUACCUGAAGGCCAUCGUCUUCUACCUGCUGAGGGAGAAGUGAAGGCACGACAGAGAGACAAUGGACAUUGAGCUUUUCUUCUGUUUUUUUGGUGGAGAGAGCUGCCAUUUCACCGCUUUGACCUGUUACUGCUCUUGGUGUGUUUACACAUGCAGGAAAGUUGCACUGUGCCUUUAAUGGACAUUUAUGUGUGCUGAGCUGUUCUUGGAUGUCUUCAUGGAUUAGAUUCAAGGGGAUGUAAGGAUUUUCAGUGGAUUUAUAUACUUAGGUGAUGAUACCUAGAGGGCACUUAUAUUUGAGGGGCAACUAUCAGUAGGACACGAACUGCAGGAUAUUUCCCCAUCAGAAACAGGAAGAGUGAUGUGUGUGUCAGCAGUGUGUUCAUUAAAGCCAUACUGUCUAGCCCUCAUCUGCACUAUCACAUAGUGGCUCUUUAUUAGUUUAUCCAUAUUUUUAGUGGACUGCACUGUUUUUUGAAUACACUUUAUUGAUAAGUACACCUUCAAAUGCAUCUAGUGUUAUGAAAUGACUUGGGCAAGAUAGAAAACCUGGUGUUUUUUUUCUGCUCAGCUGAGUGGAACAGUUGAGUUAUGCUGACCAGAAAGACUCUUUUUGAGAAGUAAUACAUAUGUGUGUGUGUGAGUGUGUGUGUGUGUGUGUGUG